UAGCGUGCGGGUCGUUGGUGGUCGAGCUCUCCGUGCUUUCCGUGCUUCCGUGCAUUCCGCGAUCGCCGCGACCUCUAUUGUAUCCCCCCGCAACUACGACUUAAAGUUUUGCUCGGCUCGGAACUCGGAUAUAAGAGAUAGUGAAGUGAGCCAUUGUGGAAUAUCGGCGACUCCUGAGUGCGUCGCGGGGAAGUCGUCAACGUCGUUCGAUAAGGCCCUUCGAUAAAUGGGCCUUGGAAAAAGCGGCGACGCGAAAACAAAGCAUCGGUUUGAUUUGUGCGCGAAAGCUUUCGCGUUUCUCGCGUUUUUGACCAAAACGCGUCGAAGAUUGUGAUAGUUGAACCCGGACGUCGCCGUAUGUUACGAACGAAAGAAAAAAUAACGCGAGUGCAAGUGUUUCAAAGCUUCUUCUACGAGGAGGAGGCCCGGGGUGGCAUCGGGCAACAGCGGAGCAACUAUAUGAUGAAACACCGGGAUCUUCAAAUGAAUCCAUCGUCAAGCGGCAAGCCUGUCGACGACGAUGACGUGAAUAUCGCUGCAACGGAAACUCGAAACGCGAAAUUUCGAGCGACAGUUCGCGAGUGCAAGGGCGAAAGUCGGGAUAAUCGCGCGGCCUAGGACAUUCCGGAGUACGAGAGAGGACGACACACGUACAUCGCCGGUAUCAGCGCGCAUGUGCCCGGGUUACACUUGACGGGCUCAAAAAAUCAAUGACCUCGCCUGUCGCGAUCUCCGCGAAUUCAUCGCGAACGAAUAAACGGCGAGAGACUGCGUAUCUGCCUGUAUUCCCAGAAAUCGCGUCGCGACGCUCCUUUCGUCCGAAGGACAACGUCGCGCGAGGGACACGCCGAGAGUUCGCAGUCCUCGGCGGGCAUCGACGACACGCCGUGACAGAAGAGGGGGAAGAACGCCGGAGAGGAGAGAGAAGAGAAGAUGGCCGGCGCGCGACGAGGGUGCAGCUCCCCGGAGUGGCGGCGCUAGUGUAAGACGGCCGAAUAGCGGUACGCGCGGUGGAAACCAGCCGGGCAACCUCCACCGUUCGACGUCGUCGCUCGGCGCUUCAGUUCGUGUCCUCUCGCUGUGCACGACGGUUGGCGGCGACGACUCGCGCCGGCGUCGUUCCUUCGUUUCUCGCGCAUCGCAUCGCGAGGAAACUGAACCGAGAAAAACAACGCGGCGAUAAGAAGAAGGAAAGAGCGAACGGACUUGCGUAUCAAAAAGUGUUUGAGUUGAUGUAAACGACGGAAACGUCGGAACAGUAAUAUACGAGGAUUGUUGUUUUUUUUUUUCUCUGCUCGGAUGGUGUCUUCGUUCGCGCCGGCAACUUCGAGUCAGUGAACGAGUCUGGUACAGUGUUAAAGUGGUGAUAAUCCAGUGCGCGGAUAAUAUCUUCGAGAAAUUCUUCUCCGCGAUUAUACGGCGCAACGAUUCGCAACUCGCGUCGGGUACGAGUGGAGUGGCGAGCCGUUGAAGUGAGAGAGAGAGGAGGGGAAGAACCAGAGACAGCGCACGCGAGAGAGGAGCGCACACACAAACACGCACACACACACACACACACACACUCUCUCGUCGCGUCGCGCGCGCGGUGCACCGCCGCCGUCCGUCCACCUUUCGCGUUGCCGCGAAUGCACGGGAUAAAAUGGCGCUUGCUUUCGUCCGUGCACCUCUAUCGACCGUGACGAACUGUUCGACGGGAUCGCGUCGGCACCGCUCGUCAAGGCCCUUCUGAGGGAAUCAACGACGCGUCCCGGCCCGUCCUUCGUUCGUCCCCUUCGCUCCCCCACCCCGGGGUAUCGUCGACGACGUCGUCGUCGUCGUCGAUCGUGAUCGUCGUGCCCCUUUCUUUAUCUUCGCCGCCGGGAUACCGUGUGUGUAUGUGUGUGCAAGUGCCAGAGGAACAUCGGGAGUGUGCGGCAAUUUCGGAGCCCAGCCGACGAUAUGGAGUGAAUUCUAGAUUCAACAGCCACCUCUCUUCAUUCGUCAGCGAUUAGAGACUCGAAUUGACAAAGCGAGAUUGAAAAGUCAAUCAGACCACUGUAUCACCAUGUAAUGUAAACGGAAAGAAUUAAUUUCCGCUGGCCACAUUAAAAAAAAAAAAAAAAAACACGUGUUAUGGAUAAAGCAAAACGGCGAGUAGAUGCGUGUUCGACUCUCCGAUAUUAAUUAUCACGUGCACCGUCGAAUUAUUAUUUAUUCAAAGUCAUAUACGAAGUCCAGAACGCAGGUAUCAUUAACCAACGUGUGAUCCGCCGGAAGAGGGAUUCUGAAGAUAGAGAAAAGCGGCAGCCGCGGAACGAUAAACUGGAGCAUAAGCGGGCGAGGAAAGCCGUGGCCGGUGAAGAAGGCGGAGGCGGUGGGUGACAAAGAAAGAGGGUGAAGGAAUUCGACGCGCAAGACGACGACGACGCGAGGCCGUAGAAGAGGCAUGAGGAGGCGAGAGUGACGACGCUGCAUCCUCGCGCUGAUCGUGAGAGGACCGGCGGCCGUCCACUGCGGCAGUGUGGGGCCCACACGGCGAUAAGAAUGGGCCCCUUCAAUAUGGCGGGCGUAGCAGGCCUCCUAGCCACCUGCGCCGCCGUUGCUGCUUCCGCUGCCCACCUUCUACCGUUGCUGCUGCUGCUAAUCUGCCCGCGAGGGACCCAGGCGGAUCAAGUUGUUCUCUUGGACACGACGACGGAGGAGAAACUGGAUUGGACGAGAUACCCGUUCGGGCCUCAAGCUAGCACUCCUGGCUGGGUAGAGGAGUCUUUCACGAACUUCGACAAGGGUAUCAAUUGGCGGAGUUACGUUGUGUGCGACGUAGCGUACAACAAUGUGAACAAUUGGCUGUGGACGCCAUUCGUGGAGAGGGGUCCGGCGAACCGCAUGUACAUAGAAAUAAAAUUCACGACCCGCGACUGCUCGUUAUUCCCGGGGAACGCUCUCAGCUGUAAAGAGACCUUCAGUCUGCUCUAUUACGAGUUUGACGCUGCUACUAAGGAACCGCCUCCGUGGGAGCCAGACAGUUACAAACUUAUCGGUCGCAUUGCCGCGGGCGAGGGUAGGUUCAAUACGAACGCCGAAGUGGUGAUAAACACAGAGGUAAAGUCUAUCCCGGUGACGAAGAAGGGCGUCUACUUCGCUUUUCGCGACCAGGGCGCCUGCAUAUCGAUCCUAGCCAUCAAAGUGUACUACAUCAAUUGUCCCGAGAUCUCGGUGAACUUUGCCCGUUUCCCGUCCACGCCGACCGGUCGCGAAGUCGCGCUCAUCGAACAAACUCUGGGCAUUUGUGUCGAGAACGCCGUCAAAAUCGCCCAGCCGACUUUCCUCUGCAAGGGAGACGGCAAAUGGUAUCUACCGACUGGUGGAUGUCACUGCAAACCCGGCUAUCAAGCUGAUGUGGAGAAACAGCAGUGUAAGCUGUGCCCAAUAGGCAAGUUCAAGCACGAGGCAGGCUCCCACACCUGUGAACCAUGUCCGGAGCACAGCAAAGCCUCCGAUUACGGCUUCACGGAGUGUCGUUGCGACCCGAGCUAUUAUCGAGCGGAAAAAGAUCCUAAGAAUAUGCCUUGUACGCAACCACCUUCGGCACCACAAAACCUGACCGUCAACUUUGUCGAUCAGUCCACGGUGAUCCUUUCCUGGAACGCUCCGCAUAUGCAGGGUGGCAGAUCCGACACGACUUAUAAAGUGGUCUGCGAUGCUUGCAGCACAGAUGUCAAAUACAUUCCCAAUACUGAAACUUUCAACGACACGAAAAUCACGAUAACCGGACUGAACGCGGUGACUACUUACCGCUUCCAAGUGUUCGCCCAGAAUGGCGUGUCGUUGUUGACCCAAAAGAAGGAAUACGUCGACAUUACUGUUACAACGGAAGCAACUGUGCCGAGUCUAGUGAGCAACGUCAGGAUCACGAGUGUCAAGAGCUCGGAACUCAGCAUUAGCUGGGACGCGCCGGUCAUCGAAGUCAACGGAGACAGCGAUCUCGUCGAACGAUACGAAGUGAGGUGUUACCCGCGCUAUGACGACGCCACUAAUGCAACCGUCAUUCAAACGUCGUCUGAGCUGUCCGCCACGUUCAAAGGCCUAAAGCCUUCCACGGAUUACGCGAUACAAGUUCGCGCCAAGACCACCCGCGGCUGGGGCGAGUAUACGCCGGUGAUAUUUAAGAAGACACCCCACGCCAUGGGUUUAGACUACGUCGGCGAGGACGACAACAUGCAAGUUAGGAUAAUCGCAGGGGCGAUCGUCGCUGUCGUCGUGCUUCUUGUGAUUAUUAUCAUCAUGACCGUUUUGAUUCUCAGAAGCAAAUUCAUGCCAUUCAUGCGAUUUCGUUGCAGCAGGGCUUCGGACGAGUGCAACAAGAAGCAGCCUAGUGACUGCGAUACUCUGGAGUACCGAAACGGCGAAGGACUAGUUGUGACCUACAUGCACUGCAAAAUGGACAGUUCACCGAUUGUGACAACCCAUACCAACAACAAGAGCAAGUCCUCGCUGACCACGCCGCUAUUCACACCUGCAGUGGGGGUCACCGCGGCAAGCGCAGGCGGCGCAGGCGGUGCAGGUGCGAGGAGUUACGUGGAUCCUCACACCUAUGAGGAUCCGAAUCAGGCUGUACGGGAAUUCGCCCGAGAGAUCGAUGCCGGAUACAUUACGAUAGAGGCAAUCAUAGGUGGCGGAGAAUUCGGCGAUGUCUGUCGAGGGAAGCUGAAACUGCCUCCUGACGGACGGACGGAAAUAGACGUAGCCAUAAAAACCCUGAAGCCGGGCUCUGCGGACAAGGCGCGUAACGAUUUCCUGACAGAGGCAUCGAUAAUGGGCCAGUUCGAGCAUCCCAACGUGAUAUUCUUGCAAGGCGUGGUGACGAAGAGUAAUCCGGUGAUGAUCAUCACGGAGUUUAUGGAGAACGGCAGCCUGGACACUUUCUUGCGCGCGAACGACGGCAAGUUCCAAGUGCUUCAAUUGGUGGGUAUGCUGCGCGGUAUCGCCAGUGGUAUGCAGUAUCUCGCGGAGAUGAACUACGUGCAUCGCGAUCUCGCCGCGAGAAACGUGUUAGUCAACGCUGCUCUGGUUUGCAAAAUCGCCGAUUUCGGACUCAGUAGAGAGAUCGAGAGCGCCACAGAAGGAGCUUACACAACCAGGGGCGGAAAAAUUCCUGUACGGUGGACGGCACCGGAGGCGAUAGCGUUCCGUAAAUUCACCAGCGCCUCCGACGUUUGGAGCAUGGGCAUCGUAUGCUGGGAGGUAAUGUCGUACGGCGAGAGACCGUACUGGAACUGGUCGAAUCAAGAUGUGAUAAAGUCGAUCGAGAAGGGCUACAGGCUUCCAGCGCCGAUGGAUUGUCCGGAGGCUAUCUACCAGCUGAUGCUCGAUUGCUGGCAGAAGGAGCGCACUCAUCGGCCGACCUUCGCUAAUCUCACGCAGACUUUGGACAAGCUCAUACGAAGCCCGGACACGCUGAGAAAAAUUGCUCAGAACAGAAUCAGGGAAAGGGGUGCACCAACCCCACCCCCAUCCGCCUCAUCGGCAUCUUCCAACGUGCGUUUGAGAAACAGGGGCACCAAUCCGCUGGCGCCGGACGCGGUGGAUCUAACGCAAUUGACUUCUGUCAGCGAGUGGCUGGCUUCCAUCAAGAUGUCGCGGUACGCGGAGAGCUUCGAGCAGGCAGGUGUGACGACGCUGGAGGCUGCGGCGCGUGUCACCGUCCAGGAGCUCACGGCUCUCGGUAUAACGCUCGUGGGACACCAGAAGAAGAUUAUGAACAGCGUGACGGCGUUACGGGCGCAGAUGUCGGCCACCUCGCAGGGUUUCCUCGUCUAAUAGGCCGCGAUAUAUUAGGGUUACUGAAAUCCUUGCGAAGGGAUCGUACGUAGGAAUCGACUGAACGCUAUAGAGUUUCAUUAUCCCAUAUGGAUCUCACGAAUUUCCAUUCUUCUCCGAGGUAUCCCGUGAGACGAACCCACGGGAGACGACGAACCGUGUAUCAUCUAGGACUCGUGAUUACCUAGUCAAAGCGAGAAUGUCCUCGAGAGAAUAUCUCUUCACGCGCAAGUAGAUCCCGAUAAGGUAGUUGACCGAGGUGAAUCCUCCUCGAGUAACCACCCUUCAACACGCAAACGCCAUCUUACCGAGAGAUUCCAAGUACUCGUACUGCAGACAUUCCACGUUAAUGAAAAGAUUCAUUCAUCGCGUUUAGAACUUCCCUCGACAAACCAGAAGGGAAAACGAGAAAGUACGAGGACCACGUAACAUUCGUUAUCUCGCAUUUAAACCACAUACAACGACUUAUCGAACUCGUAGGUACACCUACCGCGAAACUUUCGCGUAAGUAAUAUCUAUAAGUAUCAAAGGAAUCGUUUAUGAUAACGAAUAAUGUCAUUCUCACGUAGCUCGUCCAGAUCGAUCAGGACGUCGUAAAAAAUCGCUCUAAAAAGCAUUUGGCGGGAUCAAUAUAACGCACUACUCUGAAAGACUUUCUUAUACAAAUAACGAGCGCCGAUUUUGUCUCUCGUUUUUUAGAUCGUUUUGUAAUCGAUGUACCUAAAGAUCAGACUGAUAACGGAGAUGCAAGAGCCAUCUCUGUAAUCACUGCCGCAAAACUCAUGUUAAAUCUUUCAUCACUUAUGUGAACACUUUUUUCUUUUACUUUAAUACCCGUGUAAACCAUUGAAUUGUAUAUGUUGUAUAUAUUUUUCUUCAGAAGAUUCAUUGAGAUUUGCAAUAGAAUUUCUUAUUCGUCGCGUUUGCAUUUUGUGACAUUCUGUACCGAAUGACAGCUCUUUUUAGUACGUAUUAUAUACAUAUAUCUAUAUCUGCGAUAUAAAGCAUUGAACGGCGAGCUACAUGUCGGCCUAAAAGUCGUUUAAACACGUCUGCUCCUGGGCCUCGCUUUUUCUAAGUAUACUAUAAAGUUACGUCUCUCUUUACGUAACAACCCGAUAUAGUAACGUGCGCCUGAUAAAGAGAAAUAACGCAACGAUUUAGAAAAGUAGAGAACCGUAUCAGAAACUGUACCAAAAACGGACCGUAAAUAGAAUUUCCGAGAUUCAUUAUUUCGUGUAGCGAAUGUAGCGAAUACACUAUCGUACGUCGCCUCGACAAUGCACACAAUUGAGAGAACAAGGUCAAAUCACGAAUGAGUGUUUUUUUUUCUUCAUGAGACAUCUCUUUAUUAACUAUAAUUUUACGAGAGACGAUAAAACUUUAUGCGGUUUUUGCCUUCGCGUCAUCUAUAUAAGAAUGUCGUAUGUCACGCGGCCUAUACGGGGAUAUAUCUUUUGAUUAUAAGAAACACGACAAAACAAACAAGGCGGACAUGUGCCAACGCGAGUGUGCAAGAGUUAUUUUAGCGCGAGACACGACGUAAACGAGAGAGAAUGCGUGAACGAGUUGCGUGAAAUUGUGUGCGUGAAAUUGAGAGAAUCUGCAGCCCGCCCUUCGCGCUAUAUUCGUAUAUACACGAGCGUGCGAUCACGAGAAAUUAUUCUAUAUACGUAUAAAGAUAUCUAUUGUAUUAUAAAUACGCGACAUGUCGACCAGAAAGAACGAACAAAGAAAGAUUUCUUUCUAUCGAUAAGAGAAAUCACCUAAUCGCGAGAAAUGUCUGUUCUCGAAGACAAAGAACACGACAUGAAUAAGAAAGUGAAAAAAAGUCUCAAACGCGUCCCACUAUAGCGAGCAAUGCGUCAACAUAUCAACAUUAUUCGGAAUGCAAAGCUUGCAGAGCAGAAAGGGACUUGCGUGCACCAACUUAUCGUUACUCCGAGAUCUCGAGUCUGCGCAACUCCGUUUCUCAUCAUCCUUCCUUAGCGAAUAACGAAAGAGAAAAACAAAACUAAAAAAAGAAUGUAAACGGUAUGAGAUGUGCGGACAAAAUACAUAUAUGUAUAUGUGAGUGACAGUGCGCGCAAUGAAAGAGAGUCGAGACUCGCCGACGAUGAUCUUUUCAUCGAAUAAUUCAUUUUUUAAUUUUUUCAUAGUCCGACCGAGGAGUUUCCUCGUAUAAAGCAACGUCCAUUCCAAUAUAUACAUGUAUCCGCAUAAUAGGAAAUUUUUUACUUUUUCUUGAAAAACAAAAGAAAGAGAAUCAGAGGCUUGCUUUGUCAUAUCUCGUUAAAUCUGUAUUCGUUAAUCGUAAAGACUGCUUCUCGGGCCGCGAUACGUAUCCGGGAUACAUACGUUAUAUCGGCUAUUUAUCUUAAAGAGACCACAACCGGGCGGCAGAGAGAAAAGAAAUGUAUAUAAUCUACAUCCAAUUAGCCGAGUCUGUUCGAACAGAUUUUGCUAAGUGUCCGUUAUGCAAUUUUGUCAGCAGAAAGACAACAAAUUUAAUACAGAGUUUGUUAAUUUCAAUUAUGUCGAUGGACUGUCGGUAGAACUGUAACAGAGCAAUUGAUAUUAUGUGACAGCAGAUUGACGGUAGAAACCGGACAGGAUUUGGCAGAAAAAUGACCAAAAAUUCCGCUCGGUUUCUACUGUCAAUCUAUCAGGUUCUAUGAACAAGUUUUGUCGGCAGAUCGUAAAAGUCUAAUGCGGACACAAUUAAUUUGUAACUUCUGAAUAAAUUUGUUGUCAAUCUGCUGACAUAUUUGCGCGCAUUUUGCUAACUGGACACAUACUGGACAAAUAUCGCGCAUGAGAUUAAAAAACGGCUUCCAAAUGAUUCCGGCAAGCCACGGAGAAAUUCUUUUUAAUUUUUUAAUUUAACAUGUUUAGUAAUAUAUAUAGUCGACGAUAUGAAUAAAAAGCGGAAGGCGCGCUUCAACAAGCGAGAUUUCGCGCUCGAUCAAAGAUACAAAGCGGACAACGACAAAGCGAACAACGUAGCGUUUUCGCAGCCAGCCCCAAUUCUCUAUCCAUAUUGUCAGUUUUAAUCAUAAAGAGACGAAAGUCGCAUUUGCGAAGCGCGCCGAACGGUCCGAUUAAAAUCGUCCGAUUUCGCUUCUGUCUCGAAGCGCGAUUCAACGAUGUUUCGAGCGUUCCCUCGUAAAUGAAAUGUAAAUGACCCCGAGGUGUCAUAGGAGCGGUAAAAUGCCGAGAUACGUCCUGGUGUCUUUCGGUUCGCCGUACCAUUUUUCACGUUCGUUUCGUGAAAGCGAAGAAGGCGAAAAAUCGCACGGCGAGAGUAAAUUUUCUCUUAGGAAAAACGAAAAGGCAGGCGAGAGAAAAAGAGUAAGCUACUGAAAAGGGCGACGAUUAAGAAGCAAUAAGUGAAUACACGCAAAUGCAGAUUUUUAUAUAGAGAAUGUUAACAAAUUUCAGAUGAUAUUAAUUAUAGCGCUAUCUUCCUAAAUGUUCGUAUUAAAGGUUAAACGAAAAAAAAGUACGAUAAACCAUAAGAUGAGAUCGCGCGGAGUCCCGGCCGAAGAAGAGAUACAAAAAGGCAGAGAAAAAAUGUCGUACGCGAGUCGAAUUCGCGUCGCGAUGAUCGAUUGUAAUAAUAUUCGGUCGAGACUCCACGGGCGAGAGAAGGAGAUUCUUAAGAAUUUUCAAGCUGUAACUAUCUGUGUUUUAGCGACGAAUCUGCGAGUGCGACCUGAAGUUUUGAGGAUGUUGUUAAUUUCGACAAAUCGAUAUUUAGAUUUCAUAGAGCUCUAUCAAUAUCACACACAUACACACACACGGCCACGUGUAGGCGCAAGAGAAAAAAAUACGCAAAACUGAGGAUGUAUCAAUCGAUAGCGAAAGUAUCUCGUGUACACUCGGUCAUUAAUGUCUUCUCGCCUAAAGAUAGCCAUUUCCGAAAUGUGUUUAGCUAUUAUUUGACCCGGAAGCGAGAACACAAUGACACCGAGUGAUACGGCUUUUUUUAAUUUUGUUUUUUUAAUUUCCCACCGAAAAUCUUAGGUCUCUUCCACCUUUAGAUUUUUUUUUAUAUAAAAAUACACGUUACACUUUCAAAGCUUUCGAUCGUACUUCAAAUGUCACGUAUAUUUUGGUAUAUAUUAUGGUUAUCUCGUAUACACGUAAAGCUUUAUUAAAAAAGAGUGUGUGAAACGAGAUCGAAUAGAAAAGAGCGGCAGGAAAAAGCCUGGGAAAUCAAAAUUGCUUCAAUAUGCACCCUUGUUGGUGAAUUUUUGUCCGCUCUUUUAUUCGUCAUUUUUUUUAUCUUUUGAUAGAAAAAGGAAGCGAAAACGAGAUAGUAAUUAAAAAGAAAAAUCGCCUCGCGCUUUGCUUAAUUCUUUAAUCGAUUUUAAUUCAACCGUAUUAUUAUUUAUUAAAAAAAACUUAUUUAUUGUUUAGAGAUCUGACUAAAUUGCAAAAUGUUUUAUAAUUAUAUCGUAAAUUAUCUAUUAUUAUUUAGCGACGAGAGAUGACGGGGCAGAGUGACAAGUUCUUUCCCAACUUUGGGAAUUCUCGAGAAAACUCUGUCGUGUAAAAAAGAUGAAACGGAGCUACAUCUACAGUGAUAAAUAUACGAUCGUCGUAUCGAAUCUGUGUAUAUGCAGCUAUUAUAUUAUAUUAUAUUUUAGUUAAGCGUUAAUUAAAUGAUUUACGCGAGCGCGUUGUUUUUUUAUCCUUAUUUUCUACAAGUCUGUUUACAGCGAACUCUGUCAAAGUACCUGCUUCGAAAAAACGAAAUGAUAAAAUCUGCGAAAAAAGCACAUUAAAAACAGGUACCGUCCCAUGUAUUAAACAUAACUCACGGAAACAUACAUACAUACAUACAUAAUACCAUAUCCACAUACACGCAUCGCACUAUCAUACAUACACAUACAUACAAUAAUUUAUAAUACACUCGCCAAGCUGAGUUUUCAUAAAAAUUGGUUAAGCGAAUCGCCUCCGUGUGUCUUCGAUUCAUUGUAUAAAGUAUAAAGGAAAAUACGAGAAAAAAAAAGCAAGCAAAGAGUUACUGUCGACAAAUUUUGGAACAUGUCUAAAACAUUUUUCCUAUGGUGUUGUCAAGACGAUGUUGAAUGUACAUAAGAUAUAAUAAAUAAUAUACCUUAUACGAUGUAAAAA